AUUCUCGUCAUUCAUCUCUCUUCAUCGCUUCCACUCGCUCACAAAAGCCGGGACCAGCAAACCACUCCCUCCCUCUCUCUCUUUCUCCCUCUCUCUCUUCACUUCCCUCCUUUCUUCUUAGCACCUGCAACUUUCAAGCAUUACUGAGAUGAGAGUCGUCAGAACUCACGGGAAUUGCGUUGCGAUCCGUACUCUUUCUCCUCCAUCUUCCAUCACCCGAUGCUCUCACGGCUCUGCUUCUUCUUCAGAUGAUGCAACUAGUGGGACGCCUACUUGGAUUGGUAAGGGCCUCACUUGUGUAUGCUUCAAGCGAAAGGGAACUUACGAACGGAUCUACAUUAAAUUGACACCUCUACAGGCAAAAAGAUUGAAAAGGUUGAAGCACAGGAUGAAGAUUUAUUUCGAUGCUUCCAGGCCAGACCACCAGGAAGCUUUAAGAGCACUGUGGUCUGCCACAUAUCCUGAUAGGAAGCUUCACGGUUUGAUAUCUGAUCAAUGGAAAGAAAUGGGAUGGCAAGGAAGAGAUCCAUCUACUGAUUUCAGAGGAGCUGGAUUCAUUUCUUUGGAGAACCUGUUAUUCUUUGCCAAAACAUUUUCGACAUCAUUUCAACGUUUACUAAAAAAGCAGGGAGGAAAGCGAUCUGCUUGGGAGUAUCCAUUUGCUGUUGCUGGUGUAAAUAUCACUUUCAUGAUCAUGCAAAUGCUUGACCUUGAUGCCUCAAAACCUAGGACAUUUGUCAGAUCAGUUUUCUUACAAAUGCUGUCAGAAAAUGAAUGGGCUUUUGACUUGCUCUAUUGCGUGGCUUUUGUGGUCAUGGACAAGCAAUGGCUGGAAAGGAAUGCAACAUACAUGGAGUUUAAUGAUGUAUUGAAAUCCACAAGGGCUCAAGUGGAAAGAGAACUUCUAAUGGAUGAUGUCCUACGGAUAGAAGACAUGCCUUCUUACGCCCUUCUCUCUUAACAGAAACUAUCUAAUGUUCAAUUUGGUUUGUUUGCUGAAGUUGCUUUUUUUGUGCUUGCUUUUUUUGCUUUUAAGAAAAAAAAAAAACAACUUUAGCAAGUUAACCAAACAAAGAGUUUCAUGCUGGACUAGUUUAAGGCCACUGAUUUAUUUUAGCCUUGAAGUUGUAAAAUCCCUCUAAUCAUGUUUCUUUA